AUGGUUUCACAAGCUUGUUAUGAUCUGGAGGGAUUCCGGAAGAUUUUGCCAGGGAACUUGUGCAUCUCCUUUUGCCAGGCCGCGGCCAAGACCUUUGUCGUCAUCGUGGACGAGUCCAAGUUGUGUGAUAGUUUGGGGCCUCAUUUCCCGGUGCCUGUGGAGGUGGUGCCCUUUUGCCACGAGCACACCGCCAGGGUGAUCAAGGCGCUGCCAGCGCUGGAAGGCUGUGAGCCCGUCCUCCGCCUGGGUUCCGCCGCGAACAACAAGCGCGACGGCGACCAGCCGGCGGUCACCGACAACGGAAACUACAUCCUGGACUUGCACUUUAAAAAGUCCAUCAAGGAUCCCCAGAGCGCCGCGAAGCAGCU